UGUGUUUGUUUUCGUUUUUCAAAGCGGUGAAUGUGGAUGUUCAGCUGUUGCCACUAGUAAUACUACAGAUAUUGAGGAAGGAAAUCUUGCUAACCAUUAGUAAAUAUUUUCAAAAUAGAAAUGCAGCCUAUGCAACCAAUGCAACCACAGAUGCCAGGAGCUAUGUCCCAGAUGGGACCACAGCAGCCUGGGAAUCCACAAGUAGUACAGCAAAUACCCCAAUCUCUGACACAACCCCAGGAAAGGCUAGAUAAUAUUUCCAAAGUGAAAAUGUUAAUCGGUCCUCUAAGAGAUUCACUUUCGCUCACAAUAAAGAGUGCAGCACAAAUUCUUCAUCAGAAUUAUUUGGUGGAUGUUGGGCCACAGAAAGCUGUGGAUGUUCAGCCCCCAAGAUUUGAUAAGAGUAUAGAAGAAUUUUAUUCUAUAUGUGAUCAGAUGGAACUCCACUUGAAGACAUCAAUAGAAUGCCUAAACCAGCUGUCCAGUAGCCAGCGAUACCUUCCCUUACCAGUGGCUACGGCACGAACAGAGCCUUUGCCAGCACAGGAUGUUGGCUCCCUAACAUAUCCACAGUAUCUGGCAACCGUGCGAGCUCAAGUUGGUUAUACAAAGGAAAUCCAUGAUGUUCUUCUGGCUGCUGCACAGAAUCUUGAUUUCUGAAGAAGAUAACUAUUUCAAGACUUGCAGAAAAUGGUGAUAAUUCUGUUGUAUAAUUUCAAAGAUCUUGUGAGAUCCAGAUAUUGGUUCUGCAUUACUUCAUUUAUACCUGUUGCAAUACUGAGCAACAAAAUGAGAUGCAGCAGAAACCAAUAAAUUAGGUAAUAUAUUUGCCAAAUUUCAAAAUAGGUAUUAUUUAUAAAAUUGAGAGAAUGCAGAUACUUCCCAAAUAAAGCUGAUUUCAUUUGCUCAGGUAUGUUACUACUGAUAAAUAUUACAUAUGGACAAACAAGUACUGGGUAGUUGUAAUUAAAGUGAAGCUACUCAAAGUGACAGCAAAACUUGAUAGAUAUUGUAAUGUGUUAAUGUAGAACUGAUGUACACGAGGAAAAAGUUAGUUCCGGUUUUGGCCACCUGGUACAAAUCUGGCACUAAACAACCUCAUCAAAAUCUCCAGUGCUCGUAUUGAACAAACUGUAUAAGUGGUGGUUAAUAAUCAAAUAAACAUUAUCUUUCUCACAUGUGUAACCUUUUCUGCUCACACUCUGCUCCUAAUCUCUUAUAUAUGGUAAUGUUUCUGUGUGUAUUUCUUGCAUUCACAGCACCAGAUUUUCACGUGGUGGCCAAAACUGGGAAUUUUUUUUCCUCCAUUGUAAAUCGGUUCCACAUUAAUGCAUUAGAAUAUCUGCCAAGUUUCACUGUCAUACAAUAAUUACAGCCCACACUGGAUCCCUGCGAGUAGCUCCACUUUAAUUAUAACCAACUGGUAAUUAUUAAGCAUAAACUGAUGUUAAAAUGUCCAACACCACCUACACCUCAAUGCACAAUUUUACAUACUUGCUUCUUGAAAGGACGCGUUGUGUACUUGUGUUAAGUUGGGACUCACUUUUAUAGACGUAUGAAGACCUCCAUUAAAGAAGGUUGUAUAUUGCAAUUUCAUAAUUUUCCAGAAAGUAAAAAUAAUGGUUGUUUUCCUUUGAUACUAUUUAUUUAUACAUUUUAUUAUGUAUGGUCAAGUGAUGCAGUAUGUGUUACAGAACAGCAACAUGUAUUUAGCAUAUUUUGCAAUAUUUAGAAAGUUAUCUUAAUUUUUUUUGUAGCUUUCUAUGUAAGAGCAAUGCAUAUUCUGUAAAAGUACAUAAUGAAAUAAUGUUGUAUAUCAAAAAAGAAUUGAUUUUCUGUUACAUUGACAAAAAAAUAA